CCCGCCCGUUUGGUUGCCUUGGCAGCGCAGUCGGCAAUUUGUUGUCAUCGUUUUGCUCGCAUUUCGCUCAGCUGACGGCGUCGCAGUCGCCGUCGCCGUCGCCGUCGCCCAUUUUGGCCGCAGUUUGCGCGCGGCAGUUGGGCAUUUGGCUUUGGCGUUAGCCGUUUUUGUUUUAUCGCGCUGCGGACCGCCGACCGCCUAGCAAUUCGCGUUGCCUUGGGCCACUUAAAUAGAAUAUAACUCCUUGCUUCGCGAAGAACUCGAGUUGCAGUUGUAAAAUAAGGUGUUUCCGCGUUGCCAUAAAAACUUCCGCGGAAAACUAAUAAAAGGCAAAAAAUAUGAAAACGGAAAAAACGGAAAAACCGAACGCAAGCGGUGCAAAAUAAGUGCAAGAAAUGUGCUAAAAAUAAUGAAGUGUAAUGUGGACGCCUCAUAUCGAUACUGUUCCACCUAUAGCCUAAGCUGGUCAUGAUCGGGGGCAGGAGAUGCAGCGAAGCCGCCCGGCGGCUGAAAAGGCGUCCUGACACGCUGGAGCUUUCCGUUCUGGAUGGCCAACCCAUGGAAACGGAACUCCAACUCCAAGAGGAUAAUGAAGGGACCCCAUCAAAGGGAGCCGGAAAUGUGAAUGAAUCCGGAUUAGGAGCUACCGAAGUUUCACGCUCUGCGCCCAGCAAAAGAACACGCUGGUUUCAGUUCGCCAGGAGCUCCAAAAACCGAAGGAAACGAUUGCACUGCGAUGAAGAUGAGGAAGUUGUGCAGCAGGACAGAAGGAAUUCCGACUUGGAGGGCAGUCGGAGGGCGUGCCUCGCCCAACCUGAGGGCAUGAAUAUAGGCAGCUCAACUCAAACCAUCGCCACACCCCUGAUGAUGGGUGACAGUUUCUACAGCCUGGCGCCGGGAGGAGGCAAUCCAUCAGCCAACAAAUCCGACGACUUGGAGCUGUAUAAGCAGAGAGAUCCUUCGGUGACCUCUGAGUCAAAGUCGGCGCCCAGUAUGAGACGUCUUUCACAGAUUAGAAGGCGACGCAGCUCGUACUACUUUUCUGAAAACGAACGUAGAAUUCGAGCCAACGACAAAGAGUUCAAUGCCCAGUUCAAAUAUCACAACAAUUACAUCAAGACCUCCAAGUAUUCGCUGUUCACGUUUCUGCCUUUCAACCUGCUGGAGCAAUUCCAGCGGCUGGCCAACUUCUAUUUCCUCUGCCUGUUGGUCCUCCAGCUGAUACCCGCGAUAUCCUCGCUCACUCCGGUGACCACAGCAAUUCCCCUGAUCGGAGUACUUACUCUGACGGCUGUUAAGGAUGCCUAUGAUGAUAUUCAACGGCAUAUUUCUGACUCGCAGGUGAACAAUCGCAAGUCGAAAACGCUGCGCAAUGGCAAGUUGGUGGAGGCCAAGUGGUCGGAGGUACAGGUGGGCGAUGUCAUUCGGCUGGACAACAAUCAGUUCGUGGCCGCCGACACCCUGUUGCUGUCCACAUCGGAGCCAAAUGGUCUGUGCUUCAUCGAGACAGCCGAACUGGAUGGGGAGACGAAUCUCAAGGCAAAGCAAUGCCUGACGGAAACCAUCGAGCUGGGUGAUCGCCAUGAUCUGCUGUGGAACUUCAACGGCGAGAUCAUUUGCGAGCGGCCCAACAACCUGCUGAACAAAUUCGAUGGCACCUUGAUUUGGCGGGGUCAGAGGUUCGCCCUGGACAACGAGAAGAUCCUGCUGAGGGGCUGUGUUCUCCGGAACACGCAGUGGUGCUAUGGCGUUGUGGUCUUCGCCGGAGUGGACACCAAGUUGAUGCAGAACUCCGGAAAGACCCAGUUCAAGAGCACUGGCGUGGAUCGCCUGCUCAACUUUAUUAUUAUUGGGAUCGUCCUCUUUCUGGUGUCGAUUUGUGCCCUUUUUGCGAUAGGCUGCGCCAUCUGGGAGGGCCUGAUUGGCCAGCACUUCCAAUUGUAUCUGCCUUGGGAGCACAUCAUACCCAAAGAUUACAUACCCACGGGAGCAACAGUCAUUGGAUUGCUGGUCUUCUUCUCGUAUGCCAUAGUCUUAAACACAGUUGUGCCAAUCUCACUCUACGUUUCAGUAGAGGUUAUACGCUUCGUACAAUCGUUUCUCAUCAACUGGGAUGAGGAGAUGUACUACCCGACCACCAAUACCUAUGCCAAAGCCCGCACCACCACGCUCAACGAGGAGCUGGGCCAGAUCCAGUACAUAUUCUCGGACAAGACGGGCACCCUCACCCAGAACAUCAUGACGUUCAACAAGUGCAGCAUCAAUGGGCGCAGUUAUGGCGAUGUGAUUGACCUGCGCACCGGCGAGCUGGUCGAGAUUACGGAGCAGCAAACAAUUUUCCAAAAUAGCAACACCAACAACAGACCCAGCCCCUCAAGUGGAGCUAUCGCAGCACCACCUGCAGCACCACCUGCAGCACCUCCUGCAGCACCACCCCCCAUCAUCCUAGUGCACAAGGCCGAGGUCCAUGCGAAGAAGAGUUCCAUGGUGGUCACAUCCUCCGGGGAGGCGCAAGUGCUGCCAGACAGACCCAGAUCGGAUCACGAGCGGCCUGCGCCGCCGUUGGAGGCCAGUGAAAAGCGGCCAGGACUCAAGCAUGUGCGAUACUCGGCGCCCGGUAGAAGUCAGGACGAAGACUCUGGCCGUUUGUCGCCCAGGUUGGGCGGAAGUGGAGCUCUCAGUCCACCCAUAGGCAGUGAGGAGCGACGAAGCAGUGGUGGCUUCAAAAGGAUUGGAGCCGGAUGUAUGCAGCGCCAAUUGUCCCGCACUAGCAGCUGCGACAAAGCCCUUCAAAGUGUUGACUUUUCGGCCAAUCCGCAUCACGAGACUGACUUCCGAUGGUACGAUCGCACGUUGCUGGAUGCCGUCCGGUCGGAUGAGGAGCACUCCCACGUGUUUUUCCGCCUCCUGGCCCUCUGCCACACGGUCAUGGCCGAAACGGUGGACGGUAAGUUGGAGUACCAGGCCCAAAGUCCCGAUGAGGCUGCCCUCGUUUCGGCCGCUCGCAAUUUUGGCUUUGUCUUUCGCACACGAACACCGAAUAGUAUUACCAUCGAGGUGAUGGGACAAACGGAGGAAUACGAGCUCCUAAAUAUCCUUGACUUCAACAACGUCCGCAAGCGGAUGUCUGUGAUUCUCCGGCGCGGCGACUCCAUGGUGCUCUACUGCAAAGGAGCGGACAAUGUGAUAUAUGAUCGUCUGCAUGGCGGACAGGAGGACCUAAAGGCGCGCACCCAGGACCACCUUAAUAAAUUUGCCGGCGAGGGCUUACGUACUCUAGCUCUGGCUGAACGGCGCUUAACGGAGCAGUACUACAACGACUGGAGGAGUCGGCAACAGGAGGCAGCCCUUUCGAUGGACUCGAGGGAGCAGAAGCUGAAUGCCAUUUACGAGGAGAUCGAGAGCGAGAUGCAGCUGGUUGGGGUGACGGCAAUUGAGGACAAACUGCAGGACGGCGUGCCCAAGUCAAUUGCUAAUUUGCAGAAUGCAGGCAUAAAGAUAUGGGUCCUAACCGGCGACAAGCAGGAAACUGCCAUCAACAUCGGCUACUCCUGCCAGCUGCUUACGGAUGAACUUGCGGAUGUCUUCAUCGUGGACGGCAACUCGGUGGAGGAAGUGGAAAAGCAGCUGAGGCAGUUUAAGGAAUCUAUUAAGAUAUACAAUCGGUUUCGACCAGGAGGAUUUGAGGCACUUGACCGCUUAAACAGCGACAGCAAUAUGGAUCCGCUGAGCGUGACCAUGACACAAACUUCGGCCUUCAUGCAGGAGACGAACCUACCGCCCACGCCGCCUCCACCGCCUGCCAUUUCGGUGGUUACCUUUAGGUGGGAUGAGAAAAAUAAGGAUAAUAAGGGCGGACCGGACAGUGCUGAGUGCAAUGACUUGUUCGGCGAUGACAAGCGGAGCGAGGAUGGAGGCACUGCCUCCAUUGUGGUGGAUGAAAGUACAGGAUUUGCUCUGGUGGUCAAUGGUCAUUCGCUGGUGCACUGCCUUUCCCCGGAAUUGGAGAACAAAUUCCUGGACAUCGCCUCGCAGUGCAAGGCGGUCAUCUGUUGCCGGGUAACGCCCCUUCAGAAGGCGCUGGUCGUCGAGCUAAUAAAGCGUGCCAAAAACGCCGUAACUCUGGCCAUUGGCGAUGGCGCCAACGAUGUGUCCAUGAUAAAAGCUGCUCACAUCGGCGUUGGAAUCUCCGGACAGGAGGGUCUUCAGGCUGUCCUCUCCAGUGACUAUUCCAUAGCCCAGUUUCGAUACCUCGAGCGAUUGUUGCUGGUACAUGGUCGAUGGUCCUACUACCGCAUGUGCAAGUUCCUCAGAUACUUCUUCUACAAGAACUUUGCAUUUACACUGUGCCAUUGCUGGUACUCGCUCUUCUGCGGCUUCAGCGCUCAGACGGUUUUCGACCCGAUGUUCAUAUCGGUGUAUAAUCUGUUUUACACAUCCCUACCCGUUUUGGCGUUGGGCGUCUUCGAACAGGAUGUCUCGGACAAGAACAGUCUAGAGUUUCCGCGCCUCUACACUCCGGGCUUAAAGAGCGAGUUGUUCAACAUUCGAGAGUUCAUCUAUAGUGUGUUGCACGGUGCCUUCACCUCGCUGGUCCUGUUCCUGAUUCCGUAUGGCGUCUACAAGGAUGGCGUCUCGGCGAACGGAUUUAUUGUGAGCGAUCACAUGACCCUCGGCGCCGUGGUGGCUACCAUACUUAUAGUGGAUAAUACAGCUCAGAUUUCUUUGUACACCUCCUACUGGACCGUUGUCAAUCAUGUGACCAUCUGGGGCAGUUUGGUUUGGUACUUUGUGCUGGACUACUUCUACAACUAUGUUAUCGGUGGCCCCUAUGUGGGCUCCUUGUCGCAAGCCAUGAAGGACCUUACCUUUUGGGUUACCAUGUUGAUCACAGUGAUGGCGUUGGUGGCUCCAGUUUUGGCCUACAAGUUCUAUUUGCUCGAUGUACAUCCGAGCCUGUCGGAUAAGAUCCGACAAAAGUCCCUGAAGAAGAUCCACUCCCGAACUUCAAGUGUUGUCAGGCGAACUGCCUCGUCACGUCGUGGACGUCGCUCCGUACGUUCGGGAUAUGCCUUUGCCCAUCAGGAGGGCUUUGGUCGCCUGAUAACCUCCGGCAAGAUCAUGCACAAACUGCCGCAGGACUUUGCUUUUCCUCUGGGCUUGGGCACCAAGAAAACACAGGUGCUACACAACAACCUGAACUCGGCCGAUGGACCGAACUCAAAGACCAACAAUGUGACUGGCCACCAUAUGGUCAACAACAACACAAAUAUGCGACAGAAUCAAAACCAACACCACUCGUCGAUGGCGGAUAUAACGGCUGAUGGGCGGGGCAAUGGGGGAGAUGAUGGCAGAGGAAGUGGAGGCUCGGAUGAUAUGAGUCCUCGUGCUCCCUGCCAGGACCUGGAUACGAUUAAUCUCUAAGCUUUAGAUGCAGGUGCUGGAUCGGUAGCGGGUUUAGUAACAAACACCAAAAAUUUCAAUGAAUUUAGGUUAGCGGAAAGUAGGAUAAGAAUUAUGUUUCAUUUAAAAACGUUAUCAGUAGUUUUAGAAUUUAGUGAGGGUAUAGUUAAUUAAGGUCCGUGUGAGUGUGAGCCAAAAAAUUGAACAAGUAUUAUGACGAACGCGUGUUCAAUCUCCGUAUUUCUGCUUCUUAAGAGGGUGCAUUAUAUGUUUUUCAAUUGUUUUUCUCAGUAAUUAAGUUAAAAGUAUUUGUACUAGAAACCAGUAAAUUAUCGUACAAUGUCUUAAGCCUAUUUAUUAUUACCCAUAAUCUCCCAUAAUUUCUACUCUAUUAUAACAAGGUCCUAUCCUUUCCUGUGACAAUCCAGUACUAGUAUACCCAACCUCCUAAAAAAAGCACAAAAAUCCCUUUUCACGUAUUUAUAUCAUCGUUGACUGCAUUUAAGAGAGUGAGCCCCCUGAAUGAUGGAUUGAGUGCUUGGUUUUUUUAGGAUGUAGCAUAGGUUAUAUUAGAUUUAUACUGUCUUUGGGAAACUGAAAGUGUACUUAAUUGCUUAAAGAUGUGCUGUGUGCUUAGCCAAUAUAAAUGCGGUACUUACCACCGCUCAGAGUAGCUUAUCUACAAAUAGCUGAACCAACUCUCGUCUCAAAGUCCAAUAUGCUAUAUGCUAUAUACUACCCCCAACAAAGACACAACAACACAUAGAAAGACCACACGUCUGUGUUCCUAAAUUGAGUUAUAGAAUCAAAGCCUACAUUUGCCUUAGAAUGUCCCUUGGGUUGGUUAAGUCCUUUUAGCAGUAUCGGGUUGGUUAAGUCCUUAGAGCAGUAUCGGGUUUUGUAAUAAGGACUCCCAUUAUUAUUCGGUUGUUAAGGAUGGACAUUCGAAUGAGUGGGCUGUGUGUUUGAGCAGUAACAGAGAUUUAAAGUGAUUUAGUAUUAAUGAGCACGGGAAAGUACGUUAAAGUCGCUUUUUAUAUAAAAAUGGGUUUAAGUCAACAGAAUGUAUUGGGUAAAUAAUUUAGCAUAAUAAGAAAAAAAGCUAUUGCAAAUUGAAUAGAUUAAACUUACCUUUAAUGUGCAAAUUGUUGCUAUACAAGACGAAAAGUGAAAGAAAAUAAUUAAACCAAAUAAAGAGAAAA